AUGUCCUAUGACCGGUACUUGGCCAUCUGUAAACCGCUACAUUAUAUGGCAAUGAUGAGUGUCCAGCUUAGAUACAUCCUCGUCCUCUCCUCCUGGGUGCUUGGCUUCAUGUUAGUGUUGAUUUCACUUGUACUCAUAUCUAGCUUAGACUUCUGUGGGCCGAAUGUUAUGAACCAUUUCUUCUGUGACUAUGCUCCUCUUCUAGAACUUUCUUGCUCAGACACAACCGUUCCUAACAUUGAAAUGAUUGUCCUUUGUUUUCCAAUCAUAAUUUUGCCAUUUCUAUUAGUGAUCAUAUCGUAUGUCUGUAUUUUUGACACUAUCUUUGGAAUUUCCUCCACAACAGGCCGACAGAAAACCUUCUCCACCUGCAGUUCUCACUUGAUGGUUGUCUCUAUCUAUUAUGGAUCCAUGCUCAUAAUCUACAUAUUCCCAUACAGAGAAGAUUCAUUGAAUGUUAAUAAGUUUAUUUCCCUGGUCUACAUUGUACUAAACCCCCUUCUGAACCCCAUUAUAUACAGUCUAAGAAACAAAGAGAUUCAGGCGUCCAUAAUGAAAUAUGUCCUGGAUUGUGGCAUUAACGUGACAUUAGGCCAAACAGUCAACGUAGCUCAGCUUCAGUUCUGUCAAUCAAACGUCACUGACCACUUCUUCUGUGACUUUGAUCCUGUCUUAAAGCUUUCAUGUUCAGAUAUUCAGACAAUUAAGUUGAUGUUGCACACUUCCAGUCACAAUAUAUUUCAAUGGUCACAAAACAUUGUGCUCAAAAACAUGAGGACGAUACAUCUUGACUUCAGCUUCAGGGCAUUGAAAGAGUUAUACUGCCACCUAGAGGAGGAAGCCUGA